AUGGAGAUGCAGCAGCUGCACCGACAACAACAACAGCAGGGGCAGCAGUCGCAUUUCGGGACAUCAGAGGACGAGGAUCUAGAGCAGAAGCAGCAACAACCACAUAACCAAGAACAACAACAACAACAUCAACAACAACAACAGCAAACAACACAGCACCAACAACAACAACAACAACAAGAGCAAGAACAGCCGCAGCGGCAAGAGCAACUAGGACAUCUCAAGGAUGCGGAAAUGAUGACCGAUAAACCGGAUGAGGAGCUUAAGCACCAGCAGCCAGAGGAAGACCAACAACAACAUCAACAACACACAGAAGAUUCGGAUAUGGAACUAACUGAGGAUCAGGAUUUAGAAUAUGGGGAGAAUAAUGGCCAGGAAGGUGAGGGCGAAGACGAUGACGACGACGAUGACGAUGAUGAUGAUGAUGAUGAUGAUGGCACCAUUGUGGAGGAUAGCGAUGCCACCAGCUGUAGCAGUUGUCGACGAGCCGAACUGGAGGAAGAUCAGGAGGAAGAACAACGAGCAUUAUCAGUCUCCCAAAAAGCUAAAGAUCCAUAGACGAUGCUCUUUCCCACAGAAAAACCACAGAUACACACGCACGCACCGUAUACAUAUAUAUAGCAAGUCUAUCGAAUGCAAGGAAUACCCAUUUGCUUGGCGGUAUUAUUUACAUUAUGUGUCACGCUGAAGGGAUAAAAGCGCUAAUAGAGAAACACGCAAUAAACACUCGAAGGAAAAGCAUGAAAACCAACGCUGUUUAGUUUUGAAAUCAUCAUUUCCUCAUCCACACAACUUCCUCGAUUUAAAUGUUUCUGUAAAUUGGGAUUGAAUUCGUGUUGCCCCAUGAUUAUUACUUCUGAAUAAUUAUUUUUUUUCUUUUUUCUUUUUUUUUUUUUCUUUGGCUACAAAUGUAUGAUGUGCUGGCGCUUUGUUUGGCCUUAUGAUUUACAUGUAUUCCCUGCAAAUGCAAAAUUAAACAAAUGUUAACUAGAAAUGAACCAAAAAACCCAAGUGUUGUAUUUAUUAUUUUCAGGUUUUUUUUUAUUUAAAUUCGUUGGAGCUUAUCAGAUACAAGAACCCCCCCCCCCACACACACACACACAUAGCACAGGCAACAACCACCACUGCAACCGAACGAGCAAGUUAAAGAAAGGAUAAACAAAAUUGUGUAAGAAAAACUCACAUAUUUUUCUGUCGGAUGGAUUAUUUAUGUGUAUUGAACUCAACUCUCAACGUAUAAACGAAAAUCAAGCAGAAAAUAUAAGAAAAAAAUAGUAUAAUGUGAAAUUUGCAUACACACCAUACACACACAGACACUUUUUUGCACACCUAAUAGAUACACAGAGAAAAAAAAAUUUUUUUUAUCAUUUCGAAACAUAUUUUUUGUAAUCUGAAUAUACUUUCCGAAUAUUACUUUUCGAUAAAUAACAAUCCCUUUAUCUCGUAAUUACAUUCUUUUAUAAAGUCAAAAAUGUCAAUUCUUGAAAUAAUAUUUUAAAGAUGUACUGUCAUCCAUAAGUUUGAACAAUAAGAGAUUUGAUAUACAAAAUUGGAGAUAAUACUUUAGAGUUAAUUUGGGAUUCAUAACUUGGAAAUUAUUUAUUUGAACUGAAAAUAAAUAAUGCCGUCUUCCUUUCUCUCUGUGUACAUGAGCAAUGUAUUAUUCAUUGCUUACGAGAAAGCCAAAUCGGUGUGUGUUUGGACAUGGAUUUUCCCACCCCAAAAAUGCCCGCUAUUUUCGCCUAUUUACCCUAUAUCUACCUCCUGUUUUUCUGAUAAAAUCCUUUUCCUCGCUUUUUUCUCUGGGUUGCUAGCCAACAACAAAAACAAAAUACAACAAUAACAACAAAUUGCACGCAAACAGAAUAUUAUGUGUGUAUGUGUAUAUGUAUUGUCCAUCCACAGCAGCAAAGUAUGCAACAAACAUUUUUGUAGAAACUGCAAGCAGUAAUAAAACCGAAAAAGCGGAAAAAUCGGAGAAAACCGAAAGCAAACGCAAAAAAAAAAAAAAAAAACAAGAACAACCCAAGGAAAAUAUAAUUAUCAUCUUGUCGUUUAUAUAAAUGUGUGCUAUGUGUUUCUUCGAAUCGGAUUUAUGUUAUGCAAAAAAACAGAAAAUUUAAAGGAAUGAAAGCUAACAGUAAAUAAGAAACAAAGUAAAAUAUAUAUAUUCAUGCAAGAAAUACAAAAAAUAAAGUAAACAUUGGUGUAAAUUAAGCAAGAACUUAAGUAAAACCUACUAAAAAUCGAAAAAAAAUGAAGCUUAAUACGUAAUUUCCUAACAGAAGACAUAAUACAUAUGCAGCACUUACACAAAUCCACACCCAAACAAAAGGACACGUACGUACAUUUACCGAUACUUUUCACACACACAUACAGCACCUCUCUCUAUUUAACUAUUGCGUUUUUAGAAUUAUUGCUCAGCACGUUUUUGCGUAGACACAAAACUAUUUAUGCUUACGGUAAGGAUACGACCUCUUCUCUCACUCACACACACUCCUCCCACACACACACACACAUACACUCACAAACAAAAAAUAUUAAGAAAAAGGAUGAAAACCAAUUUUUUUUCUUAAAGAUCAUAAUGGCGAAUUUCUAAAGGAAAAAAGUAAAAACACAAAAACACGAGGACUUCUAAUAAGUGUUUAUAUAUACAAAUAUAUAUAUAUAUAUAUAUAUAUAUGUAUACAUAUAAAAAGAGCAUACUUUUUUGUCAUAAUGCAAAAUAUUUGUGUGAGAAACCAAUUUUUGAUGUAACAAGAAAAUGGAAACCAGAAAAACGCAAAAAAAAUUAACGGUAUAAGAGCAAAGAAGAGGAUUGAAGAAAGUGUAAAAUUGAUUUUGUUUUCUUUUUUCAAGUUGUUUUUUUGCAAUUGAUCAAUCCAUUUUCUCAUUUUUUGGUAGUAACUUUUGAAACUCAAAUUUGUAGCUGCCAUUUCUUAAAAAAAAAAACCGAAAAACCAACAAAUACAAAAACUAGUUUAAAACUUAGUUCGUAAACCAUUUAUUUGGACUUACCUGUUUAAUAUUCUACUUUGUCUAUUUCUAUUUAACUGGUUUUUUGUGCAAGAAACAAACAUUACUUUAGUUUUUGUAAGAGAUUAGUAAAUUAUGUGAGUUGCGGCGAUUAAAAA